CAAACCCAGCAAGCAAAACAUUCUACAACAACAACAACAAUAAUCUCGACAACACAAAUCAACAACACCACUCUUCUUCCAUACAGCAACCAAACCCACCCAUCAAAAUGCAGUUCACCACCAUCAUCGCCCUCCUCGCCACAGCCGGCUCUUCCCUCGCAGCCCCAACCCCAGCCGGCGAAAAAUCCAUGAUGUCCACCGGCUCGAGCUGGACGUUGCAAAACUUCAAACGCACCUGCGGCGGCGGCGUCUGCACGUACGACUACCAGAUCAACACGAACGACGGCUCGGCAGCAACAGCCUGCACCUACCAAGUCAACGGCAACCCCGCGACUCGCGCCUCCUACAACAACGUCAAGUGCGGAGCGUUCACCAUCAGCAGCAACUGGAGCGGGCAAUUCGGCGAGGGAAAAGGAUUCCAGACUCUGGCUGUCGUCAAGGGAAAGCAGAUUAUUUACCCGGCUUAUACUGACAAGCAGCUUGUCAGCGGACAGGUUGUCAAGCCGGAUCAGAGCUACACUCCUCAGAACUUGCCAUAGAUGGAUGGGGGUGAGAGUGGAAAGUGGAAGUGUCAAUGUGAAAUUUUGUAUCUUUUUUUUUUUUUUUUUUUUUUUUGCAUAGCGAUGGUUGGAUGGAUGAUGAGGAUGAUGAGGAUGAUGAAAAGGCAUUAUUAAUACAUAGAUAGCAUAGUUUUAGUAUGAGGUUAAUUUUAAUUCGAAAAGAUUGCACAUAAUAA